AUGCCGGUGGUCGAACUGCGCCGAUCGACAGUGAUUCCGACACCGGAAGCCAAGCAGAGCAUGAUGAAGCUCGCUCAACGAAUGGUGAAAAGCUUCUGCGCCACCUUCAGCGGCUCGAUCGCCAACAAGUGGAUCAUGAUGCCCGGGUCGAACGACGCAUACCAAGUGUACUUCCACAAGACCGACACCCCCAGGCUCGCCGGCGGCGAGAUGGUCAGCGCGGCGACGUCAGUGUGGCUUCCUCUGCACCCGGAGAGGCUUUUCAGCUUCCUGAAAGACGAGCAAAAUCGAAAUCUGGUGGCUUUCACUUGCUACUCAUGGGAAGUUUCCAAGGAAGAAGUCAAAUUCCAAAGGGUGGCUCACUUCAUCAAUGGAUCAAACUCCGGAAACUCGAUUUCGAUCCUCAAUAGGUCGAAAUCCACAUCGAGCUUGCUCAUACUGCAAGAGAGCUGCACCGACGCAUCGGGGUCGCUGCUGGUGUACUCUCCGCUCGGGUUGCCGUCGCUGGACAUGGUCAGGAGGGGGGAGGACGCGUCGUCCGUGCAGCUGAUUGUCUCGGGCUUCACGAUCGUACCUGACGACGGGUUCGCCGGCGCAGUAGCCGGAGGAGGGCCGUUGACCAGCUCGAGUUCUCCGGCGGGAGGGGUCUCGGGGUCGCUGCUCACUGUGGGAUUCCAGACGGUGAUGAACAAGACAGAGGGCGCUGAAAUCGGAAGGGAGGCCGUAGCUUCGAUCAAUCUUUGGAUCAGCAACACGAUCGAGAAGAUAAAGGCUGCGUUGCUCUACCAUUGA